AUGCCGCGGGUACCGCCGCCAUCAAUGCUCAAAAUGCUUAUGCCCGCGGUUGCUGGUUGCAGCACUGCAACAUCGAAUGCGUCCGUGGUUGCUGCAUCAAUUGAACCUUCGGCUUCUAUUGAGCGUCUGGUAAUACCUGUGGCCCGAGAUGUAGCCGUGAGGGAUUACUGCAAGUGGGUGGAAUCGAAGGAAGACCCCAAGCCGGGUUUGGCGGGCAAAGAAUCCAUUUCAGAACCUUCUGAGCGGUGGUCUUGUCGUAGCUAG